GUCUGGCUUUUGGAAAAAACUUCAUCGUUUUAUGUAAAUUAUUGAAACCAUCAAAAAAAGAAGAAAGUGACAUUGACAAUAACAACAUAACCUUACUUUUAAGUGCUGUUGACACGCAGUAUUUGAAUUCGAAAAAAUAAUAGAAAAUGUCUCGUUUAAUCGUGAAAAACCUUCCGAAAAAUGUAACGGAAGAAACGUUGAAAAACAUAUUUAGCCAAAAAGGGACAGUAACCGAUAUCCAAUUAAAAUACACUCCAGAUGGGAAAUUCAGGAAAUUCGGGUUUAUAGGAUACCAAAAUGAAGAGGAAGCUAAUGAAGCGAUUAAAUCUCUAAAUAAAACAUUCAUAAAUACCAGUAGAAUUACUGUGGAAAAUUGCAGUGCAUUAGGUGAUAAAGAUAAACCGAAAUCGUGGAGUAAAUAUGCGCCAGAUAGUGAAAUAAAUAAAAAAUCUAAAAAUAUUGCUAAUAAUAGUCAGGCAGAACCUGCGAAAGAAAUUAAAAUCAAAAAGAAACAAGAUGAAGCCGAGCAAUUAUUAAAAAAGUACAAAGAUGAUCCUCUAUUCGAAGAAUUUUUGCAAGUCAAUGCACCAACUGAAAUGGAAAAGCUCCAUAAACUAACUGAAAAUGUUGACGAAGAAAAAGAUGAUGUAGAAGAGGAAAAUAAAUCCGAUGGAGAGGAUGGUGAUGAUGAUGAAGAAAUUGAAGAUACCUCAAAAAUUGCAAAUGAACAAAUCUCGGAUUUAGAAUACAUGAAAAAGCUAAUAAAAGGCGAGAAAAAACCCAGAGAAAAAAUGCAAAAGAAAAUCAAAGAGAAGAUAAAAUUGUUCACACUGAAAUUACGCGAUUUACCUUAUAAUAUAAAGAAGAAAGAUAUUAAAGAUUUCUUCAAACCCCUAUCUUGUUACACGAUUAGAAUACCGAGGAACAUCCACGGAAUCGCUUAUGUAGGAUUUAAAGCGGAAAGAAUGGCAAACAAAGCAUUAAUAAAAAACCGUAGUUUUAUUAACGGUAAACAAAUUUCCGUAGUGAAAUACACAAACGAAAACGACAACAAAACAAACAAUAAUUCCGAAGAAACAAACACUUUCAAAAGCAAAUGGCGCAAUCAAGAAGAAUCAUUAAAAAACGAAGAGAGCAUAGGCGAAUCCGGUAGAAUAUUCUUAAGAAAUUUAGCUUACACCACCACCGAAGAAGACAUCGAGAAAUUGUUUAAUAAAUACGGUCCAUUAACCGAAGUAAAUCUACCGAUCGAUUCGGCUACGAAAAAAUUAAAAGGCUUCGGGACCAUUACAUUUCUAAUGCCCGAGCACGCCGUAAAAGCGUAUUGCGAAUUGGACGGUACAAUUUUACACGGUAGAAUGCUCCAUUUACUACCCGGCAAAUCCAAGGACUCCAACGAAGAGAAUUUAGAAGACUCGUCGAAUUUCAAGAAGAAGAAAUGGGCACAGCAAAAGGCCCAAGCCGGUUCUGCGCACAACUGGAACUCCUUGUUUUUGGAUCACAACGCCGUUGCCGGAGUGAUCGCCGAUAGUUUCGGUACAACUAAAGAGGCCGUUGUGGGGCCCGAUGGGACGGGAAGCGCCGCCGUUCGAUUGGCCCUCGGCGAAACCCAAAUAGCCGCCCAAACUAGGAAGUAUUUGGAAGAACACGGUGUGGUUUUGGACGCGUUUAAUUCGGAGUCGAAAAAGAAAUCGAAAACGGUGAUAUUAGUGAAGAAUUUACCGUCCAAAACGGAAGCGAAAGAAAUUAGAGAAGUGUUUCAGAAACACGGCGAUGUAGGAAGAGUUAUUUUACCUCCUAGUGGGAUAACCGCUGUUGUUGAAUUUUUGGAACCUUCCGAAGCCAGGAAAGCGUUCGUUCGAUUAGCGUAUACAAAAUUUAAAAAUAUGCCAUUGUACCUGGAAUGGGCACCUGACAAUAGUCUGCAAGAUUCGCAAAAAUCUACACCAAAAACCGAAGAUGAACCGAUAAAUAACGAACAAAUAAACGAAGAAAUCAAUGAUGAUGAAAAUUCGGAAUCUGAUACAGAACCCGAACCGGAAACCACGCUGUUCGUUAAAAAUUUGAACUUCAAAACGACCGAUGAAGGUUUAAGAAAACAUUUCGAAGGUUGCGGGAAGAUUCGUUACGCGACAGUGGCCACUAAAAAAGACGCCAAAGAUCCCAACAAUCCGCUUUCUUUGGGCUACGGAUUCGUCCAAUUCAUUUACAAAGCCAGCGCCGAUAAGGCGUUGAAAACUCUACAGCAGAGCGUUCUAGAUGACAAAUCGCUGGAAUUGAAGAGAUCCGAGCGAACUAUGAAAAACGACGUGCAGAGCACUAGAAAAACGGUGAAAUUAAAGAAACAAACCGGAUCGAAAAUACUCGUUAGAAACAUCGCCUUCCAGGCUAAAAAGGCUGAAGUUGAAGCGCUUUUUACUACAUUCGGAGAAAUACGAGCUCUAAGAUUGCCGAAGAAAAUGGGAUCCGGCUUAGACAAUCAUCGGGGGUUCGCGUUUGUCGAAUAUACAACUUCAUCCGAUGCAAAGGCUGCUUUCGAAGCUCUAUCGCAAAGUACUCACUUGUACGGUAGAAGAUUGGUGCUGGAAUGGGCGGCCUCCGAAGAAGGAGUAGAGGACAUCCGAAAACGGACUGCGAACCAUUUCAAACCCGAAGAGGAACCCGCCAAGCGAUCGAAAAAGGGCGUUUUUACUAUGGAUUAGUUGUUAAGCGUUAAAAAUCUUAUUACAUACUUCAA